AUGCUUAGGACAAUUUAUAGGAGAAUGAGCACUCGUGGGUCACUGCUUAUCUCAGAUCCAUUGAGACCAGACAGAAUCACCAAGUCUCAGGCAGACAGUCUGUUUCCCAAGCCUCGUUUUGUGUCGUUGGAUCUCUGGGGCACACUCUACACGCCAAAGAGACCCAUCCCUGAACUGUACCACGCUAUCUCCAGCAAGGAGUUUAACAUUGAUAAAUCAUUGGAGAGUAUCAAGGAAGAGUUCCCCAAGCUUCAUGAUCAGAUGCUCGAGGAGUACCCGAACUAUGGCAAGUAUAGUGAUGAUAUCCAGAACAGCAACGACUGGUGGCUGGAGCUCAUUGUGAAGUUAUAUGGGCUUCCACACUUUCUGAAGGAUGAGAAAUCUGCACAAUUUUGUGACCGUCUAUUGGAUUACUUCUCUUCGGCGGAGGCUUAUAAAUUGUAUGAUGAUGUGAAGCCAGUGCUUGAUACGCUCGUCAAGAACCAUAUCAGGUUGAUUGCUUCGAGCAAUUCGGAUGAUAGAUGUUUCCCAAUCAUGAAGUCUCUUGGAAUUGACAAAUACUUCACCACUCCGCAAGUGUACAUUUCAUACGACUUGGGCACGGAAAAGCCCGAGAGAGCGUUCUUCCGUUCGAUUGCAACGGAGCUCUACAAGGUCGAUAAGUCCAAGGAGCCAAAGCUCAGCAUGCAAGAGUUCUUGGAGAGUAUGUGGCAUGUAGGCGAUAGCUACGAGAAGGACUUUGUGGGAGCAGUUAAAGCUGGCUGGAAUGGUGUUCUUGUGGAUAGGCCCAAGACCAGUGUGUUCUUCCGGAACGGUCCUCAAAACACACAAGUCAGUAAUGACUGUUUCGAAGCACAAGCGACCGAUACUUUGGACAGCGACGAGUUGGUGAUGAUUGCAAACAAUCGUGUUGCCGUGAGCUCGUUACGAGAGCUUAUCAGACUCUUCAACCUCAAGCAAUAG